GGUGUUGGGGAUUGGGUUUUACGGGAGAGCGAGUUCGAGUUAUGGCGCGACGGGCUGGACGGAUCGGUGAAUCCGACAUUGCUAUGUUACGGGGGCCAAGGAGUAGGCAAAACCUACAUAAGGUAAAGGGGUAUUCCCGAGAAAUAUUUCACGAUGCUAACAGGCAAUGGGAUUAGUUCGCUUGUAAUAGACAGCCUAUAUGAGCGAACUCGUGGACGGAAUAUCGCCGUUUUAUCCCUCUAUUGCGAUUACCAGGCCCAGAAAGCUCAAACGGCAGUAAAUAUGAUAGGUGGUCUACUCAGACAGGUAGCUGUACGGGCGACGGAGAUUCCAGGUGAAAUUCGAAGUGCCUUUCAGGAGUCGAGGAGGGAGGGUGGAAAUAGUCUUCUGUUACCUGAGAUGCUGCGAUUGUUCAUCAAAAUAAUCAGUUCCUUCGAACGGGUGUUCCUCUGCUU